ACGAGCGGAGCAGAGCAGAGCAGAGCAGAGCGGAGCAGAGCAGAGCAGCGCCUGCCGCCUCCUCCAGCCAGCCCAGCAUGGAGCUCCGCGCCCUGGCGCUGCUCGCCCUCGCCCUGGCCGUCAUCUCCCUCUCGGAGGAGAAACCCGUCAGCCUGACUUACCGAUGUCCCUGUCGAUUCUACGAGAGCAACGUGGCAAGAGCCAAUAUUAAGCACCUCAAAAUCCUCUCCACACCCAACUGCUCACUUCAGAUUGUUGCAAGGCUCAAGAGCAACAGCAAGCAAGUGUGCAUUGAUCCCAAGUUAAAGUGGAUCCAGGAAUAUCUGGAGAAAGCUUUAAACAAGAGGUUCAAGAUGUAAGAGGCAAGCAUUGUAAGCCGUCUACAGGAUUUCUUACUGUAGGACCCAGAGAGCAGAUAACCAGUAUUAGGGACUGAAUACAUUUCACUGCUAACAUGCAGCACAAAAGCAACGCUUCACGCAUUUCCAAAGGUUUUUUUCUUGGUUCUUUUUGGUGGAUUUUUUUUUUGUUUGGUUUUUUUCCCCUUGCACAAAUUGGCUUGCUUUCAUAGUGCUAUUUUUAUAUAGUAAGAUGUAACUAUUUGAGAAAAAUAUGAAUUUAUAAUAUGGUUUAUUACCUAGCACUGGGGGCAGAUACCAAUUUAAACUAACCCUGUUAUUAUGUGGUAUUUUAUUUCCUUUGUUGUGUAGAGGUCCUGCUUUAUUUAACUUUCUUUUGGUUCAUGCAAGUCUCCUGGAGUUUUAAACCUAGAAGGACAUGAACUGUACAGUGCAAUGAUGUUGUGUAAGUAGUGGUGGAACUCCUUGCCUCCAGAAGUCAUAGAGGCCAAGAACAUAGGAAGGCUCAAAAGCAUCAGACUGAUGACAAUAGACAACAUUACCCUGGGUGGCAUUUACAGAUAUUUUGGGUGAGUGAUUAAACUCAGGGCUACAGGGCUAAAGCCCUUCUCUGAAGAUCAGAACCCUUGCUGACAGCUGUGAGCAGCUGGAUCAAUGCACAUCUGGUACUGCAAGGUGCUAAUACUUGGUUUGUAGCAGUUGUGUGUGUUAGAAGCCACAACACAGUUCUGAUGUCGUCUGGCAUUUCCUAUGUUCCUGUGUUUCUGAUGAUAAAUUUAGCAAAAAAAAAAAAAAGGAAUGGGUUAUCAAAGCUCUGACCACAAGAUCAUGUUGCAAGCUGCUGGAGGAGUCAGAUACGCUGCCAUGCACCAGGGAUCUCUCACCCAUCCAUAGGAGGGGACUUCAGCUUGCCUGUCUGGCUUUGCACUGAAGCAGGCUGAGAUUUAUUCACCCUUCACCAGCCAUGAACAGUUGUACCUGCCUGAGGGCAGCCACACCCCUGAUUGCUCUGGAGAUGCCCAGAAGAGGAUUUGUGGCCACACCUUGGAGAAGGGAGAUGCCUGGGGCAGGAGGGGGUCUGUGCAGUUUGUGGAAGGAGAGGUGUUUCACUGGUGUGGAAAUGAA